UAACGUCCCUGUGGCGGAGGGAGCUGGCGGGAACGGCCUGCCCCUGCAUUAUUUGCAGCGCGGUGGAGUUAAUUUUCUUGUUGCUGGUGAUGGCGGGGCGCGGGAAGAGGAAAGCGAGCGGCCGGAGCUCGGAGACGAGGAAUCCGGCAGAAGAUGGGAAGAAAAACCGAGGGGGGGAGUCUGGCAUCUCCGAAGAUCUGCAACAGGAACUUCAACAUCUGUACCAGCUGCCGAUGCCCGAGGACUUCUACCACCUCUGGCAGUUUUGCGAGGAGCUGAAUCCAGGGAAUCCAUGCGACGCGCUGACUUCCAGUCUUGGGCUACAGCUCGUUGGGCCCUACGAUAUACUAGCGGGAAAGCAUAAAGUAACAACUAAUGUGGAACCUAAUUACUUUCUGCACUGGAGGUAUUUCUACGACCCACCCGAAUUUCAGACUGUCAUCGCUGGAGACUAUGAGACGCAGUAUCAUCUUGGCUAUUUCAGAGACACUCCUGACGAGCUGCCAGCGUUCGUGGCUGCGGGCGAGGCUAAGAAAGGCUGCUCAUUGCUCCAGAUGGGAGACAACUUGUUUUGCUCGCUCAACCUACUUUUAAAUAGAAGAUUGAAGGAAAUAAGUAAUAAACGGCAGAUCAGUUCGCUGAAGGAGCUGGAGACCAAACUGACGGCGAUGGCAAAGAAAUUGAAUUAUUCUCUAGAGCAAAGAACGAAAGGAAUGAAAGCGAGGGAUAGGAAGGUUUCCACAAAAACAUUCCAUGGUGCAGGUUUGGUUGUUCCAAUAGAUAAAAGUGGCGUGGGUUACAGAGAACUUCCCGAGACUGACGGAAGUCUUAAAAAGAUCUGCAAAGCAAUCGUAGAAGCCCCAAGUGAUGAAGCCCGGAUCAAAGCUUUUGCCCCGAUCCAAGAGAUGAUAACCUAUGUUCAAUUUGCAAACGAUGAAUGUGACUACGGCAUGGGAUAUGAACUUGGGAUCGACCUCUUCUGUUAUGGAUCGCACUAUUUCCACAAGGUGGUGCGGCAACUGUUACCUCUAGCCUACAAGCUCUUAAAGAGUCACCUCUUUGCAGAGAUUGUUGAAGCUCACAUAGCCAAGAGAAAAUGGGACGAUUUGGACCAACUUAAAGGUUGAAGCUGUGAUGAAAGGAUUGUGACAACACAGCAUUGAAUCUACAUGUUUACUACAUAGUUACUAGCAUUUUCAAUUUGGAUUGUAUUAUUUUGAAGAAUGAGUGUUUUGUUUUUUACAAUAAAGAUUCAUUGGUGCUUUAA